UUUUUGUGAUGCUCUCUCUGUUACUACUCGUCGGAAAUCAAAUAAAUCGUGAUUCGUGCUAAUUCAACCGUGCGUCGUUCGCUCGUACUACACACGGUGUGUGACGUAGCCGCGAAGAAUUCCUUUCCUCGACGUUUUCCGGUAUCCGUGGUGAAAGUGCAGUGCCCCAGAAAAUUAAACCCAGCAUCUGCAGUAUACGGCAAGAAGAGAAGGGUUACUGCACAAAUAACAGUUAUCUUGUCGCCGCACUCGUUCUGGCACUCUGGUUACGCGCGACAUUCUCAAUCGUUGAUCGGAGCGAGACGGAAUGAAGGGAAACUUCUGUCAACUGCUGAUGUCCGGUCGUAUUGGUGUUUGUUUGCAUACGGAAUUGAGAUUGGAUUGGUGAACUUUCCUGACACGAGCUCUUGCUUGUGUAGAGAAGUGAAGCAGAAGAAGCAAUUUUGAUGAUGAACGUCAAAUGAGUAGUGGUCAUGAAGUGAAGUGUCAGGUGAAAAGCGAUGAGGUUUUGCUUGUGUUGUGACGGUGUUUGUGUUUGGCUCUCUGUGUAUACUGCCUAGCAAGUGAGAGGCAGAGGUUGUGUCGCGUAUUUUGUUCGCUUUCUUGCCGUGAAAUAUUUAUUUGCGUUAUGAAAUUUGCCGUGAAAAUGCUUUGGGAUUGGCGAUGAAAAGCUUCCAAGUGGUUGGUCAAAGUGAAGGAAGCAGCAGUGAAAAAUCCCCUGGGAACGGGGUGAUUUCGUUUUUUCGUUCGUAAGACGAGGAAGGAAGUGUCUGUAGAGUGUUGUUUUAAUUUCGGGGAGUUUAUUCAGUGCGGCCAGAGCCCUCGAACAUCAGGAGGGUCGUGUAUGUGUAUUGUGGUUGAAAGUUUUGAUAAAUGUCAAGAUGGCGGCUACUAACCGAGCUCGUCCGCAGCCGAGAACUAACAUCUCGUUCUUCUCGAAGAUCCAGGGCAAAAUAUCGGAUGCCUGCGCCCAGCAGAAGUUCCUAACGGACAAAAAGACCCUGGAGAAAACCUGGAAGCUGAUGGACAAAGUCGUCAAACUUUGCCAGCAGUCUAAAAUGAAUUUGAAAAAUUCUCCCCCCUUCAUACUUGACAUCCUGCCGGAUACGUACCAGCGGUUGCAUCUGAUCUACUCCAAGUACGAGGAUCAGAUGCACCUUCUGCACGGCAACGAGCAUUUCAACAUCUUCAUCAACAACCUGAUGCGAAAGUGCAAGCAAGCCAUCAAACUAUUCAAGGAGGGUAAAGAGAAGAUGUUUGACGAGAACUCCCACUACCGGAGAAAUCUCACCAAGCUGAGUCUGGUGUUUUCGCACAUGCUGAGCGAGCUGAAGGCGAUCUUCCCGAACGGGCUGUUCGCCGGGGACCAGUUCCGCAUCACCAAGGCGGAUGCAGCGGACUUCUGGAAGACCCGCUUCGGAAAUAGCACACUGGUACCGUGGAAGUUGUUUCGGCAGGAACUAUCCCUGGUGCAUCCGAUCUCCUCCGGACUGGAAGCGAUGGCGCUCAAAACCACCAUAGACUUAACGUGCAAUGAUUAUAUAUCAAAUUUUGAAUUUGAUGUGUUUACUAGGCUGUUUCAACCGUGGAAUACGUUGCUGAGAAAUUGGCAAAUCCUUGCUGUGACGCAUCCGGGCUACGUCGCCUUCCUAACGUACGACGAAGUCAAGGCACGCUUACAAAAGUAUAUCAAUAAGGCUGGUAGUUAUGUUUUCAGAUUAUCCUGCACACGAUUAGGACAGUGGGCGAUAGGUUACGUAACGGCGGAAGGCGAAAUACUCCAAACGAUUCCCCAAAACAAGUCAUUAUGUCAAGCUUUACUAGAUGGUCAUAGGGAAGGUUUCUAUCUAUUUCCGGACGGGAAGCCCCACAAUCCUGACCUUUCGUUUGCAGUGCAAAGUCCGCUGGAAGAUCAUAUAACGGUGACACAGGAGCAGUACGAACUCUACUGUGAGAUGGGGAGUACGUUCCAGCUGUGUAAAAUCUGUGCCGAAAACGAUAAAGACAUUAGGAUUGAACCUUGCGGGCAUCUACUCUGUACGCCGUGUCUGACGGCGUGGCAGGUGGACUCCGAAGGACAAGGUUGCCCCUUCUGUAGGGCGGAAAUCAAGGGCACCGAGCAGAUCGUGGUGGACGCGUUUGACCCGAGGCGGCAGCAUACGCGAAACUCGGCCCACGGUCGGCAGCAGCUGCAGAUGAACGACGACCACGACGACGACAUCGAGGAUGAUUUCAAUAUCGCCACCUCAUCACUUCAUGCGCUGAGCAAUAGUAUGACACUGGCACGCAAUGAAAAGCAAAGCCCACACUCCUCACCCCGACUGCCCCGACGUCAACCGAACCCAACGGCACCGGUGCUAACCAGUAAUGAUAUUUACGCAGGCGGUCCAUCGCUGCAGUCCCAGUCGAGCAACUGUAGUUACGCAUCAAUCUCCUCCAGUAGUUCAUCAACGACCGCUUCCUCCGCCAGUGGGGGACAGUUGGCAGCACUGGUGACGACCCCGGCAGCUUUGGCUGCAGCCGCAGCUGCCUCUGCGCCACCUAUAGCUGCCACUGUCUCGCACACCGUAAAUGGGAACCUGGCCACGCAUACGAACAUCUCACUGAACAACAAUCACUCCAGUAACAUGUGCACAGCCAGUGGAACGAGCGCCCCUCACAACAACCAGGGGAACAACCUAGUGAAAUGUAAUAAAUCCUCGUCCUCGUCUCUCCUAUCACAGACACAAACCAACGCGCCAGCGGGAGUGAAUGUACACUCUCAGCAGUUGCAACAAAACCGACUCAGUGCUCCAGCAAGUUCGUCGAUAGUGACAUCUAGUGGCGCAAACCCUAGUAGUUACCUCAUGUACAAGGCACUCAAUAAAGCACUUUCUACGGAAACUGCCUCCAGUUCGCUGGAGUCCAUCUAUCAACAUCAGCACCAUCACCCCACAAGGCAAAGUUCUACCACACCACCCCCUUUACCACCGAGAAAAUCUUCUCCUGGUAUGUUAACAUCAACCCCCAAUGGUGACAGCAAUCGGCUCAAGCAGGGCAACACAAGAUGCCAAGCUUCGCAACUCUCGACCGUACGCAGUAACAACAACCAGAACCAAAUUAACUCUGCCUCUAGUCUUUGUAAUCUGUCGAAUCAAGUAACCUCCAGCUUAAACCUAAGUCGCAGUUCGGAAAACCUAUCGGCGUCGACACGCGCGAGCAACGAUAAUCUCGUUCCCACAACGACUCCUCCCCCUGUUCCCAAACAUCAAACUGUAGAAGCCAGUCCUCCUACAGCAAAUGGCAAUUGUCCCUGUAGUGGUUCAACACCGCAUCCUAAACCAACCGAACCGGAACGGUUCAGCGGGGAAGAAUUGGAUAAAAUAAUCGUUGGACCAGCGGAAACGAUCGUCGGUAUCAUAGACACCCGACCACUGGAAGCACGACAACCCAUCAUUCUAAAGGUAGACGAUAAAGCAGACCAAAAUCUAGUCGUGAAUAGUGCCGCCAGCAAUGUCUACCAGUUCAAACCAAACACCAUCAUGAAUGACAUCCUUUCACUGGAAAUCGCUGCAAUGUUUCAACGCGACCAACCCUUUCAACAGCACACACCGAAGCAGCCGCAACCCCAACCACGCCAUCAACACCAGCAACAGCAGUGUCAGUCUCAUUCACCGACAGUUAACCAAGGUUCAAAUCAACAGCACCAGCGCCAUCAAUCACUACCGGCAAACAACGCCGUUAUCAAUGCCAAGGUAACCCCUCACCCACCAUCGAAGUCGAUCACGACUUCGCAACUAUCAGCCGCAAUGGCGGCCAUCGGAAAAGCCACCCCUUCGGUCGACGGAAAAAGCCUUCUGUACGAAAAUAUCAACCUCAGCCUGAAGGGAUGCAACGGAGGUGUCGUAGUAGGCGGUAGCAGCAGUAACAACAAUCACCUAAAUAGUAGUGCGGUGGCUGCUGCGAUGGCUGCCGCGGCUGCUGCCGCCGGUAACAGUGGUAGUAGUAACAACAACAACACAAACGUGCCAUACGAGAACAUCAACCUGGAGUACAUUGCCCGGCUCAUGCAGGAAGGUUACUCGAAGGAGAACGUCAUUACGGCACUCGGCAUCUCCCGGAACAAUAUCGAGAUGGCGUGCGACAUACUGCAUGAGUUUGUCAGCAAAAGCGGCGGGGGAGGUUGAGGAGGAGGAGGAGGAGGGGGUGUACAGUGCCGACGACGGGACCCGACGACGCACGGAGACUAGGUGAAACCAAAAAAUAUGGAACCAUAGACUGCUAAGUAGGAAGUUGCGAGAUAAAUGGAUGAGUUUUAUUCUAAUUACUAAUAAACAAAACAUUAAUAGUUGUGAGGUUAGGUUCAAAAUGGCGGCGAGUAUCGUUGCGCACGAGUAGUAGAAGAUAUGAAGAAAAACAAUCAUUAUAGCAAUAAACGAGCAACUUUUUCGAUGUUUUCAUUGUACAUAGUGAAGGAAGUAAUACAUCUUGAAGUGAAACUUUAUUUUAGUUCCUUAGUAGAAGGUAAUUGAAUUUAUCGCUGUAUAGGAUUUAGGAUGAACAAAUAUAACUCAAAUGCGAUGCAGGUUUUUUUCUUCUGUUUGUUUUGAUGAUUUAACCAUUCGGUUCGAUUUUAUUUUCCGUUGAGGUGUUCCUAAUCGUUAUGCAGUAUCGUUUCGUUUCUUUAUCCUUCAGCGUGGGCAGUUACCCAGCAUUACUGAAGUUACGCAUUACUGAAGAAAGAGGAAUAGCACAGCAUCAGUAGGCGAAAUGGUCGUCGAUACAAUCAAAGGUAAUUUUUUAUUCUGUUGUUGUAAUUUGGCAUAUCAAUAACGAAUCAUAAUGAAACCCAGAAAAGUGAUUUUUAAGCUGACAUAAUUAUAUGGAUGCAGUUCCAGCAGUACUGUACCAAAUGGGGUAUGUCUGCGUUAGCAACAGCAAGUUUGUGAAACGACUGACAGCUCAUCGAUCAGCGGACCGACUGUCAAAAGUAAAUUAGACUUCUAGAAAGAUCGGGGAACACGUGCGAAAUUAAUAAUUUUAAAUAUUGGCUAAUUUCCUGAAGCCUUCAUUGCUUUAUCCAAUUUGAUGUGGUUGCAGAAAAUGUAUGCCCUUUGGAUUGCCCCUAAGUAUAUACGUUAUUCUACUGCGUGAAUAUUGAACUAACCGUAGCCUGAAUUGUGAUGAAGAUUAACGUAAGUUGAUAACAUUAUAAUAUAAUAUAUUAUGUAUUAUGUUUGAAUUAUUGUUUAAAAUGCCAUAAAACUUUUACAGUUUUGAACUUCUUCAACACCAGCGAUCACUGCAAAAAAACUUAUUUCAUUCAAAGAUUACUGUCAUCUACAUCUUCUACGGCAGCUUUUAACUGGCUUACAAAAGCGGAAAACAUUAUUCGUCUACGAGACUACCUUCAAGGAGAAGCCAGAAAAAGAGUCACUACGAAAUUUAUGUUUCCCGAAUGCGUAUCGUUAAUUAUGGAAAACCUGAAGCGUUUCUACGGAUGAUUUCAAAUUAUGGAGCAGCGUCUCCUGGAAAAGAGUAGCAGGUCUGAUGCACCGGAUCCAGGGGACCAGGAAGCGCUGAGAGUCUGGUACAGCCGUAUCCCAGUUAAGCGACCAUUUAGUAGCGGCCAAGCUCCUCAGUAGACCCAGGUUUUUUUACGCGGGGGAUAAGUACCGCGUAAAAAACCACGUAAAAAAACCGCGUUAAUUCGAAAAUCAGCGUAAAACCCAGCAACAGACUUAGAAUAUUUUUGGAAGUGUUUUUGCACGGAUUUCGCAAUUAACACGGUUUUUGCAAAAAUAUUCUAAGUUUUUUUGAAUACAAAGAACUUAGAAGAAUUUUUAACAGUUUUUAUUUUGCGCGGCUUUCUCAAAAAUAAGUCCUUUUGAAUGCAAAAGACUUAAGAUUUUUGGAAAGAUGGAAGAGACGGGUCUGGACUCCUUAUGGCCCGCACCUCAACAAUAUCGGUAUUUUCGGAAUAGUCUUGACGAGUAGGUGCUAGAAAUUGAUUUAUGACGCCAUUUUGAAAUCCAAGAUGGCGACUUCCGGUUUAGCGAAACGUGCACGUUUCGAGAAUCGCGUUUCGAGGCGAUACUAGAGCAGAGCUGCCGUUUAUACAGAUUUAUCUGUAUUAUACAGAAUUUUAAGCGUAGAUACAGACCUGAUCUAGGGGCCGAUCACUCUAGGAAUGAAUAACAAAUUUGCAUCAACUUUGCACUCCCUCGCAGAAAAGAUUACUUAACAAUCGUCCUACGCUGAUCCACUUUGUUCGAUGUUUUGUUGAAUGUAGGGCUGUUUUUUGUAGGGUUUUGACGUCUUACAUGCAACGCAAAAUACAUUGCACGAAACGCAAAAUGCAUUACCAAUUUCUAUUUUGAUGGAAAGAAAUGCAUUUCAUUUCGCUGAUUUUUAAAAAUGCAUCGCAAGUGAUCUGCCCCUAGGACCUGAUACAGAAUACAGUUUUUAUUCAGAUUUUCAAUACACAAUACAGAUUCAUACAGGGUUUUUUUUUAAAUUUCAGUUGACAUUAUUGGUGAACUCUUCCUGCAGCCGUUUUUAUUAAGAAUAG